GCCGGAGGCUCGGGUGCAUUCAAGAUUCGGCUCCACCCGUAACCCACCGCCAUGGCCGAGGAAGGCAUUGCUGCUGGAGGUGUAAUGGACGUUAAUACUGCUCUGCAAGAGGUGCUGAAGACCGCCCUCAUCCACGAUGGCUUAGCACGUGGAAUUCGCGAAGCUGCGAAAGCUUUAGACAAGCGCCAAGCCCAUCUAUGUGUGCUUGCAUCCAACUGUGAUGAGCCUAUGUAUGUCAAGUUGGGGGAGGCCCUUUGUGCUGAGCAUCAAAUCAACCUGAUUAAGGUUGAUGACAACAAGAAACUAGGGGAAUGGGUAGGCCUCUGUAAAAUUGACAGAGAGGGAAAACCCCGUAAAGUGGUUGGUUGCAGUUGUGUGGUGGUUAAGGACUAUGGCAAAGAAUCUCAGGCCAAGGAUGUCAUCGAGGAGUACUUCAAAUGCAAGAAAUGAUGAAAUAAAAAAUUGAGUUCUUGU